UAUAAAUUCAGGCAUGACCCAAGAGCAGAGGUAUAGCCAUUUGAUUCAAAAACUCAAUAACCCCCCAGUUUUCUUCAGUUUCGAAGCUUCCUUUUACGUUAAUCCACCACCAUGUCAAGCACCUGCGGCAACUGCGACUGUGCUGAUAAGAGCCAGUGCGUGAAGAAGGGCAGCAGCUACACUGCUGACAUAGUUGAGACUGAGAAGAGCUUUGUCUCUACUGUUGUCAUGGAGGUUCCCGCCGCCGAGCCCGACGGCAAGUGCAAGUGCGGUGCUGGCUGCACCUGCACUGACUGCACUUGUGGUCACUAAACUUAUAAAAACUUAAAAUAUAGUGUGAGGUUGCAGGGGAGUCGCUAAUAAUGCAAUUGUACUAAAUAAUGUGUUUUCUGUUGUGAUACUUGUGGGCAUGGGGUGAAAUACUCUAUGUUUCCUUGCAUAGAGUGUUUAAUGGCCACAUCUAUGGCCUUUGUGUCGCUUAAUUAAUGAAUUACUAAUAGUACAAACCUUCUUCUAGUUAUCUUUUCCGGAUAUCUAGUUUCUUUCGUUUCCCAA